UUUCUGUUUAAUUGCCCUUAAAACACACACUCUCUCAUCCAGCACAGAAGGUGAGAGCUGAAUGAAGUUCUCUGGGUAAUGGCUUGAAAUGUUUUCCUUCUGAGAAGUGGUGUUGAGUUACAGCAUGCAGGGAACUGCGAGGAGAGAAGCGGCAGCAGGCUGUACCACCCUAGCCCCACCUUUUCUUGGACUUGAAGGAAGGUGGACAUGGCCCUCCAAGACAAGAUGCGGUGAACUGUCCUGUGGUUCCAGCUGACUGCUCUGGGAGGCACCCGGGGCCAGUGUUCACUGGGGUUUAUCCAGGGCCAGUGAGCAGGCAUAGAUGCUUUGCCGUGAAAUGCCACGCAGGCAGAGAGUGACAGGCAGUCAGUAGGAACUGAGCUUUUUCCCCCUUGGACAACUGUUUCCUGCUAGGUUAAGGAGAGCAGGGGCCUGGCUCCUGCUGCUGCUGCUGCUGCUGCUGCGUCUCAACUCUCUCUCCACUUCAGGUAAGCAGACUCGGAGGGCAAGCUGCAAGGCAAGCCUUUGUACAAUGAACAAGAUCCGAAAGUUUUUCCGAGGAAAUGGGCGCGCCUUGGCAUUUAUAUUUGUAGCUUCUGUCAUCUGGCUGCUCUUUGACAUGGCAGCUCUCCGCCUCUCAUUCAGUGAGAUCAGCACUGGGAUACUCAAAGAAGACGUCAGGAGGAGGGAGCAGACAGGAUUCAAAGUCCAGCCAGACAGAAUGAAGAUCCUUCACUCCAGCAUCACGGGGAUGAGGCUGCCCCAGAACCGGGUGUGGGGCAAGGAGAACUUUAGAAAAGUAGAGGACCAAACACUCAAGGAUGAAGAGAAUAUGGACCAAGCCCAGAGGAGAGGAAAAAUGCAGAUCUCCCUGGGAAGGGGGAAAGCUGUGCCUUUGUGGCACCCUGCGCGUCUGCAAACCUUCCCAGUGCCUCUUACCACGCAGAAGACCGAGGGGAGAGACAGCAAGCCUGAAGCCUCCUCCCAGCAUACGACACUCAAGCGAACAGCAGUUUUAUCACAGAGGAACCCAUCCACAGCAUCAAGAGGAGUUCCACUGACCAAAAUAUCAGUACACACAGAAAUCUUUGGUAAAAACCAAGAGGGCCCAAAGAAUCAUACUCUCAGCAGUAAUGCAUUAAAGCAAACAUCUGAGAGGACCCUGAAUAUGACCGUCAGUGUCAGGACUGACGCCUCAAAGCAUCAACCACAGACAGUAACAAAAUCGAAGACACACUUUGCCAGCUCACCAAUCCUGGAAUACGGGGAAGCCAUAGCCAUAAAGAAAACCGAGGCUCAGAGCAAAGAACUAAAACACAAAGCCCAUAAAGUGCUACCUCUUUUUAAGUUGGUUGCUGAUAUAGGUCAUUUAAAGAGGCGGACUGUGAAUGAGACACAGUUGAGAGGCUUGCCAGAAGAUGGUGAGGCCAAAGUGGCACCAGGGAGGAAAUUUAACUUCUCUGAAAGCCAAAUUGUGGUUAUCACCAAAGACCUGGGGAGAAAUACCAAACAGGUGCUUGACUCUAAGACCCAAACAGCCAUUCCUAAAUUACUGGGUGCAAGCCAAGGGAAACACAGCCCCAGGAAUCAAAGCAGGACAUCUUCCUCUCUGCUAGGUCCACAGAGAGCAGUGUCUCAAUCCAAACUGGCCUCAGCCAGGGGACUACAUCCAGUAAGAAGCAAUUUGACUGCCCAGGCCCAGACUGCGGGACUCCAGCAAAGUCACACAAACACCCCUGAAAUCCCUGGAAGGCACCGUGUGAUGACUAUCGACCUGACCCUUUCUCCAAGGGAUCCCAAUGCCCCGGGUCAGUUUGGGCGCCCUGUGGUUGUUCCCCCUGGAAAGAAGAAGGAGGCAGAACGAAGAUGGAAGGAAGGAAACUUCAAUGUCUACCUUAGUGACUUGAUUCCAGUAGACAGAGCCAUUGAAGACACAAGGCCUGCAGGGUGUGCAGAGCAGCUAGUUCACAAUGACCUCCCGACCACCAGCAUCAUCAUGUGCUUUGUAGAUGAGGUGUGGUCCGCUCUCCUGAGGUCCGUGCACAGCGUCCUCAACCGCUCUCCUUCACAUCUCAUCAAGGAGAUUCUGCUGGUGGAUGACUUCAGCACUAAAGACUACCUAAAAGAUAAUUUGGAUAAAUACAUGUCUCAGUUUCCAAAAGUUCGGAUCCUUCGCCUCAAAGAGAGACAUGGCUUGAUCAGAGCGAGGCUGGCCGGGGCACAAAAUGCAACAGGUGAUGUGCUGACAUUCCUAGACUCUCACGUGGAAUGCAAUGUGGGCUGGUUGGAGCCGCUCCUGGAAAGAGUUUAUUUAAGUAGGAAGAAAGUGGCCUGCCCAGUCAUCGAAGUCAUCAAUGACAAGGACAUGAGUUACAUGACAGUGGACAACUUCCAAAGAGGUGUCUUCACAUGGCCCAUGAACUUUGGCUGGAGAACAAUUCCUCCAGAUAUUGUUGCAAAAACUGGAAUUAAAGAGACUGACAUAAUAAGAUGCCCAGUCAUGGCAGGUGGAUUAUUUUCCAUUGAUAAAAGUUACUUUUACGAACUUGGAACUUAUGACCCUGGUCUGGAUGUUUGGGGAGGAGAAAAUAUGGAGCUGUCAUUCAAGGUCUGGAUGUGUGGUGGUGAAAUCGAGAUCAUUCCCUGCUCCAGAGUGGGCCACAUAUUCCGAAAUGACAAUCCAUAUUCCUUCCCCAAAGACCGCAUGAAGACAGUGGAACGGAAUCUGGUGCGGGUGGCUGAGGUCUGGCUUGAUGAGUACAAAGAACUCUUCUAUGGCCAUGGGGAUCACCUCAUAGACCAAGGGUUGGAUGUGGGCAACCUCACCCAACAAAGGGAGUUGCGGAAGAGACUGAAAUGCAAAAGUUUCAAGUGGUACUUGGACAAUGUCUUUCCUGACCUGAAGGCUCCCGUUGUGAGAGCUAGUGGGGUGCUUGUUAAUGUGGCCUUGGGCAAGUGUAUUUCCAUUGAAAAUACCACAGCCACACUGGAAGACUGUGAUGGGAGCAGCCAGCUUCAACAGUUUAAUUAUACCUGGGUAAGACUUAUUAAGCACGGAGACUGGUGCAUGGCAGCCAUCCCUGAUAAUGCAUCCCUGCGAUUCCACCCAUGUGAUAACAGAGACAACAGGCUCAAGUGGCUGCACAAAUCAACAUCAGGCUUUCAUCCAGAACUGGUGGAUCACAUUGUUUUUGAAAACUAUCAGCAAUUGUUGUGUAUGGAAGGGGAUUUUUCUAAGAAGAGCCUGAAAGUGGCUGUUUGUAACCCAAUGAAAACAUCCCAAAAGUGGAAAUUUGAAAGAUACUAUGAAGGAUAAAGAGGAAUGUUUUAUCUGAUUAACCCACCAGACUCUGUGAAAAUAAGACCAACGUUGGUGACUAUAUUUCUCUCCGUGGUAGUUUAAAUUUUCCAUUUUUAUAGCAUUUAAGUGGAAGAUUUUUUUAAAGCACCAAAUAAUAACUCAGGGAAACAGGCCACACUGGACUGGGAUUCUUCAGCUAUGUGUGGGCUUGGAAGUGUCAGUGUCCUUGCCCUGUGCUGUAGUGCAAGUCUUCCUUGGGUACUCUCGCCGGUAACUAGAAUGGAAGACACGUAAUGAUGUCAUGACCAUGACUGCUGUCGAGUAGUCAUUCUGGCCCACAAGUACAGGUAAAACCAAUCGGAAUCUGCUCUCAUCAAAUACAUCUGCAUGGAUUCUGAUACCUGGAAGACUCAGAUAGCCGCACAGAGACACUGCCUCGUUGAAACAUCUCUAUGCUUUCCUGACAAUCUAUAGUACUAAUAUAGUACUAAUCAACCAUACACAACCCUUCCUAAUGGGGGUGUUGACCUGGAAGUUUUAUUUUAAAUAUAAAACAGUAUGGGGGGAAAUUAAGUGAAAAGGAAGUUUUAAUGUGAUUAAUUAUGUGUAUUAUUCUUUCCUUUCAUUCCAUGCUUUUAAUAGUGAUACAUUUUUAAAAAACUGGUCAUAGCAAUAAUUUCUUAGAUCUUUGUAUUUUUUUAAAGAUAAAUAAAGAAAGGAGGUUGGGUCACAACACACUGUGUUAACAACACCUGUCCUUGAUCAUUGAACAUUGCAACACAGAGUAAAGAGAGAGGAGCUGAUAAAAUUACAGCAGAAAUGAUAACGAAUAAUAAGACAUUUAAAACAUGAAAACAAUCAAAUUACCACUUUAGAUUUAGCAAUAUUCACUUGGAAAAAGUAUGCUAAAAGUAGACUCUAAAACAUGCCAGAACAAACCUGGAUUUAAAAGGAGGAAAAAGAGAUGAGCAAUUUGAGGAGAGAGUUCAAUGAAGACUCGUCACAGACCUGGAGCAAUAAGAAAGGGAAUGUGCUGCUUAUGAUUGGGAAAGAUCAAGUAAAACCCUCACGAGCACCUGAGGAUAACACAGGCCAGCCAUGGAAAGCUAAAGGUUUCCUCAUCCAAACUGAGAUCUCAUGUGACAUACACAAAUCCUUAGGCAUUGCACAAGAAAGCUUAGAGACCAGGGUCUACUAUAAUCCUUUUGGUAAGAAAAUUGGUGUUGGGAGAAAAUUUGCCUACCUAAAAACUCAUACAGGCAAUUGGGGUGAGCAGAGUAAGAAUUCAGAUCUCCAGCGGUGACUCAUUCUAUUGUUUCCACCAGCCUUCUGAGUGUGCCCAGUCAGGUCCUUCAAAGCAGAUAAACUGGGUUCCUUGCUGAAGCUUCACUUCACCCCUGCAGGUCAACCAUGCUUAUUUUCCUUAGUGAAGCUUCACUUCACCCCUGCAGGUCAGUCAUGUUUCUUCUUGCCUGUGAAUUCCAAUCUUUGUUCACAGGAUAUUAUGGUAAAACUGAGCAUUUUAGUUCUGGGUUCCUAUUUGACACUUAAUUUUGUCUUCCAAUUAAUUACAAAAAAGUUACAAUGAAUAAUGGGAAAGGAAACAUUUUUUCUUUACACAAUUACAGCAUAUACUGUAUAUUUAAGAUGUUUCAUUCCAGUAACUGAUGAAUAGAGAUGAGAUAAAAGAACAAUUUGAAAAUGAGAUAAUUCUUUCCAAAACAACCAUAUGGAAAGGGGAAAAAUAUCCCAUAAGUCUUUUGCCAAUGAACUAACUGAGUUAGUGACCAAACAGUACACUGAGUGACUGACACAACUGGAAUACUUCCCCUACCUUACUAGUUUAUGGAGUGUCUAUUUUAUCCAAGGACAGUGUCUUCAAAGGAAAGUCCUUUAUCAACAGAUGAGUUUUGCUUUGGAUAGACCCAUCUUUGUAAGGGAGGAAAGGAAUUUUUUUUCCCAAGACAACCUUCUGUAUAGUUUGCUCAAUGUAUGCAACUUCACCUUGACACACUUCUUAUAUAGCAACUUCACCUUGACAUACUUCUUAUACACAGCUACCUCUGAGUACUUUCAGUAGAACAAAGGCUUUGUUUGUAACAUGAUAUAUUUAUGUAGAGGUAAAAUUUUAACAAACUAUCCACCAUACUUUUUCCCACUUAACCUUAAAAGCAAAGAAUGUCAUGAGUUAGAAAUAUGUAGGCUUCACCUUGGAAGUACUGACUGAUCCUCAAAUCUACUGCAAGCAUUUUUUUAAAGAAUUGUCCCCAAAUUUUGUUUUAGAAGACAAGAAUGAGUAUAUGAAGUCUACUACAGCGUCUUUUCCAUGUAAUGACUAACUCUUGAUGAGCACUUAGUGGUCCAAGUGAAUUCUUCGGCAGGAGGAUGGGUUAUCGGGGGUCUCACGUUUUCUUUUUUGGCUUAGGCUGUUGCCUUUUCAUAGACACAUGCCUGUGCACCUCGAGAACUUGAACAUGGAAUAGCCUUGCUAAUAAUUUACAAAGCUAAUUCGAUCAAAGUAUUAAUGUCCUGAAUACUGGAAGUGCUGCCUUACCCUUGAGCGUGUACAGUGGCUUUCUCUUUUCAACAGUUAUGCAGGCUUCCCCCUCCUCUCCUGUGGGAUGACACAGCUGUUGUUGCUACAGUGCUAUUUUAUCAUGAGCGUCAAAUUUGCUCAGUUCUGCUUGCUGACAUUCAAUUAUCUGUCAUUCACAGGACUGUAAAACCACCCGUGCCAUGACCACAAUGCAUCAUUAGCUUCCCCGCACUACAUUGGAAGCAUUUUUCUAGAUAUUAGAAAACCCUUUUGUUCUAGUAUUAGUUUAAAGAUUGCAAUGGGUCAUGGACAUCACUUAGACUAGAUAAGACUUCAACAUUCCUAGCCUGUCCUAAUUUCAUGACUAGCCAGCUACCUAGGAUGUGCUAACCAAAGCUAUUGUACUGAAUUUUUAUUUUUGACAAAUACUCAUUCCAUGGACCUUUUGCUUAAGUCACAUAAAGGGUUAUGUUUCUCUGUGAGACUUCAUCGGUGGUGGUUCAGAUGUUGGUGCCUGUGAAGAAUGAGAGUAAAAACAACUCUAUAGCGCAAAUUCAAUCUCUAUUUUAACCUGAGAUGACAGCUGAUAUUUCUUGUAUCCACCAAGGACCCUCUGUGAGUUUAUGUGGGUCCUCUCUUGUAAAAACACGAGCCAAUAUGAAAGUUCCCAUUUUCCAACAUGCAGACCAAUUUCAAAUAUGUGGCGCUCCUAAUAAUAACAAGCACAUUCAAGGCUGGAAGGUGGUGGCACACACCUUUAGUCCCAGCACUUGGGAGGCAGAUCUACGUAAGUUCAAGGCCAGCUUGGUCUCCAGAGUGAGUUCCAGGUCAGGCUCUAAAGUUACACAGAGAACUUCUGUCUUGAAAAGGCAAAACCAUAAAACGAUAAAAUAAUAAUAAUAAUAAUAAUCACAUUCAAAUGAAUGAAAACAAAUUUGUUUAUAUUAAAAGCUACUUGCCCACUCAAAGAUAUUGGUUAUAAAUUAGUACACAGAUAGAGCCUUUGUAUUAUGUGUUGCAAUGAAAAUUUUUGUCAACAUAAUAAAAAUAUAUUUUAAGGUUCAUUCAACUGUUUGAAACCAUCAGUUGUGAAAAUAUAUGCCUUGUGUGUGAACAUACAUUGUGUGUGUGCAUAUGUUUCUUUAAACUGGGAGAGGAUUAAAAACCCUAAAUAUCUUGUGACAACAUAAAGAAAUAAAGCAAUGGCAGGGGACAUUUGGAACUUUCUGAAUUCAACAACAUUUUCUACUCUGAACCCUCUACAAGAAAUAUUUCAAGUGGACUCACUCUGACCACAGUUUCUCUGACUUGAAAGUGAAAUCAAAUUACAUUUUGGGACUUCGUAGGAUUCUGCACACACCUUACUUCUUUUAAAAACCAACAAGAUUUUUCUAGUUUUAUACAAAUUAACUAUGGGAAAUGGUCAUUAAAGAGAGACAGUCAGAAAGAUAGAAAGACAGACAGACAGACAAGGUAAAAACCAAGGGAGUGGUUUUGCUGUUGCUCUCCCUAACACGUUUGUUAAUGGGAGGGCAAAUUUAUAGAAAAAGGUUAUCGGAGUUGAUAAUUCUUAAUAGUGACCUCUUUUGCUUUUGUCCUGCUAAGGUUAUUUAUAGAGAAAGAAUCAAAUGCAUAACUUUUAAUUUCUAUGGAAAAAUAAAAAUUACUUUCAAACUUCA